AUAGAGGGGGGUGAGGUUGUCAGGGAAAGGGAAAUGAAGGAGUAAGCAAGAUUGUGCUUGCAGCACAAGAUUCAUUCUCAGUACACAGCUGACAUUAAAAGAAGACAAACAUGGUUGGAACCAAACAGGAGGAGAGAACAAGAAGCAAGUGAGGAAAACAAGCCAUCAGCAGCCAACCUCGACCACCUUAUCUUUUCCAUCUAUAUACGGAAACCACUGGAUAAUUCAUAAGCCUCUCCCUCUCGCUCUGUGUGAGUGUGAGUGUGCGAGUGAGAGGGAGGAUUUGCUGAGCUCACCACCACCAUGCUGUGUCCUGCUGCUGUCAGUGCAGCUGCUGCUGCGGCUGUUUGGCUGCUGGCAGUGUUGGGCCGAGGCCUGUCUGUUCCAGCUGAGGACAACUCAGAGCCAGGCUUCAGCCUCUGCAGCCACUGCUUCUAUAGACAGACGCCUCCUCAGGGAGGCUCUGCUGGGCCACUGUUGCGCCCACUCUGCCACAGACUGCCCGGGGGACAGGCGUUUGCCACUCUGUCCAGACCGACCUGUGACACAGCUGUCUACUCUGCCUUCCAUCUCAGCCAUGGAUGGGCAGAGAGAGAGCGAGAGGAGGGGGGAGAGCACACGGUGGAGGAAGAAGAGGAAGACAAAAUAAAAAUAUCAGUACCAGCCCUUGUCAAGGGAGGCAGAGGUACAUCUCAUCCUGUCUCACCCUCAGACUCCCUGCUUCAACACUGGGACUCAACAGUCACAGCACUAGUCCAGGCAAGCAUUUCUCCCCAGUGCAGCGUUUCAGGAGGUGAUCUCUACAUCCUGACGGGGGCGGGAGGUCUCGAGGCUGCUGAGGACGAGUGUCAGGUGCAGCCGCUGUGGUCUGCAAUGUGCUGCGCUGUCCCUGAAGGGAAGAGUGGCUUCAGUGUUGGGUUAAUCAGAGAGGCAGGGGAAGCUGGGAGGCAAGUGAGCGUGCAGGAGCUGGAGGAGAUGCUUGGAGUGGCAGAGCUGUUCUCAGAGGGCUGUGGAGGAGCAGAUGGCAAGAGCAUUGAAAUCACAGUGGAUGUAGUGCCAAACACUGCUGGUGAAGUCACUGAAGAGGAGGUUGGUUCAGAUGCCACCAGCCAGAGUUCGAACAAGGAAAGCACAGCUGCAGAAAAGGUGGCUGGUGUUGAUGCUCAGUCAGAGGAAGCUGAUGUUGCAGACAUCACUCAACAAACUUCAGCAGAUGCAGCACCUUCAGAGAGUUGGGGUGUUGGGCAGGGUGACGUGACACGUUCAAGAGCUGUCACAUCUGAGUCUCCUGAGACCUCUGCUGAGCAUGAAACUGUGGAUGAACAAGAGACAGACACAAAUUCCAGCAGCAUUGUGGUCUUUGCCCUUUCCACCACCUUGUCCAUCCUCAAAGCUCCCCUGCGGCCUGUGUUCUCCACAAUCACACAGUUACCUGGACAGGUGACAUAUGUUCUUCAAGAAGACCUUGGAGUUCUGUCUGCCCUGCCUGGAGACACCUUCUCACUGCUCCAUCUCUUGAUCUCUGACCUCUUGUCCUGGAUGGGCUCUGCUGCAGAAAUGGUCUUGGGUAUCGGGGAAACCUGCUUCUUCAGCAUGUACUACUGCACCUCCUCCAUGCUGGGGGCCCUGCUGAACAGCUGCUACACUGGAGUCACUGGUAUGGGGACCCUGGCUGGAGACACAGUGGGAAUAUUUGGUGAUGCUUUCGAUAAUGGUUGGUGGGUGACCAAGUUCUUUGGAGGACGAUUAUGGGAACAGGGUGAGGGGUAUGUGGGAACAGUAAUGUCAGAGAUGGGGAGUCAGGCAAAAGCUGUAGGUGGAGGGUUGUGGAGGCUGGUGUGGAGAAGUGGAAAUGGGGUGGGUAAUGUGUGCAGGUUGGGAGGGGGAGUAGUAAUGGGGGUGGUGGAUAUGGUCAUUGGUGGGGUGAGGGAGGCUUUUGGGCAGGAGUCAGAGUAAAAAUUGGAACAAAAAUUCACUCCACUUGAUGCCAUAUGUAACAAACUUUCAAAUAUUUUCUCCAAAUUAAAAGUGAAUUUCUUUAAGAGUGUGAAAAAAUUUGGAUUUUUUUCAAUUUGAUGUCACUUGAUAUGCCUUAGUUGUUACACAAGGAUUGUAAUUCACUGAAUCAAAUUUGGUGAAUCACAAAUUUCUUCCUCAAUAGGUAUUACACUUCACUGUGGCUGGCUGUCUCAAUAAUCUGCUGUAUUUUUUUAAUUUAAGUGACCCUAUAGUGAUAAAAACAGCAAGCAAAAAACACUGUGUACAAGCUUUUGGAUGUAAUUACUCAAAAAAAUUGUUGUACGAUAAUUGUUAUGAAAAUACUUGCUUACAUGUACAUUUGAAUAAAAGAGAAUGCUGACUGAU